AUUCUCUUACUCGGCAAUUCAUCGUCUUCUUCAUUUGUUUGUCUCCGUAUAAAUUCGUACCUACCCAAACAAGAGAAUACCGUUUGAAUUUGCUCGAAAUUUGAUUCAUCAGAGCAGAGAGAGAGCCAUGAGUUUUGAUCUCGAAUCUCUCUCGGAGGCCACUUCUGGUGCGAUUGGUUCGCUUGUCAGCACCACCAUCUUGUACCCGCUUGAUACCUGCAAGUCCAAAUACCAAGCCGAGGUUCGAAGCCAUGGACAACGGAGAUACAGGUAUCUUUCAGAUGUGUUAUGGGAAGCGAUAAAAUCGAAUCAAGUUCUUUCGCUGUACCAGGGACUGGGAACCAAAAAUCUACAAUCUUUUGUUUCUCAGUUCCUGUACUUCUAUGGAUAUAGCUACUUCAAGAAACUAUAUCUGGCAAAAACUGGGGCUAAAUCAAUUGGAACCAAAGCAAACCUUUUACUUGCUGCUGCUGCUGGAGCUUGCAAUGCCAUUUUAACUCAGCCCCUGGAUACCGCCUCCUCUAGAAUGCAGACAAGUGCCUUCGGAAAAUCGAAAGGGCUUUUCACGACACUGACCGAGGGCAGUUGGAGUGAUGCAUUCGAUGGCCUUGGAGUUUCCUUGCUGCUGACUUCAAACCCUGCCAUUCAGUAUACAGUAUUUGAUCAGCUGAAGCAGAACCUCCUCAAAGGAAACCAAAACAAAACAGAACAAGGUUCAUCUCCAGUAGUCCUUUCUGCCUUUACAGCUUUUGUACUCGGUGCAAUUUCGAAAAGUAUUGCCACCAUUUUGACAUAUCCUGCAAUCAGGUGUAAGGUGAUGAUCCAAGCAGCACACGACGAUGAAACCAAAGACAACCGUCCAAAGGUCCGACGAACAGUUCCGGGCGUCGUCCAUUCAAUAUGGAGAAGAGAAGGAAUACCCGGAUUUUUCAAGGGAUUGCAAGCACAGAUCUUGAAAACUGUACUUAGUUCAGCUCUGCUUUUGAUGAUCAAAGAGAAGAUCACUUCAACUACGUGGGUUCUAAUACUUGCAGCCAGAAGGUAUCUAUUUCUCACAAGGCAUAGACUAAAAAGUAGCUGAAAACUGUCCAUAAAGACCAAGAACAUGUGAAGAAGAAGAAGAAGAAGAAGCAAUAACAAUGGAAUAAGCACCAUUCCCAAGGAGAUAAUGCAAGGUUAGUGUUGGUUUUAUCAAAAUAAAAUUUACUCUUUGGAUCUUGUUUAGAGGAUUAUAUGCUCAGUUAGAACAUGACUGUAGGCUUUGAUUAGACUAAGCCAAUGCCAUGAAUUUUUGUUGAAUUAGCACAAAGUAACUUAGUUUGUAACCAUACAUUUCAUUCUACAUAAAUUCUAUCUAAAGCCUGUUGGGGGAUUAGUAAUCA